AGAGAGAGGACAGCGGCAGCGGGCGGCUGGCCAGCGUUGAACUGAAGAGCCAGGAUUAGUGGGAGCCUCCUCCAUGGAAUCGGAUCUCCAGCCGGAGAGCCCUCAUGCGAUCCUCCCGGGCGCCUGUCCAGUUCACUCAUCCCGGUGCUAGCGACGAGUUCCUUUCGUCUCGACUCGCCUCGCCUCUCCGCUCAGCCAGCGGAUGCUGCACCGGCGGAUCUGCCCAUCCUGGCUCUGUGUCUUACUGGCUGGCGCCUUUGCCGACUGUCCCCUCGCCGAGCUGAGUGAGUGACCAGCGCAACCCCCGGGACACGCAAUAUGUGGCGCAUCCCGCCUGAGACAGGGCUGCUGCUGGUCUACCUGAUAGGACUAGCAUGGCUGCCUGCGAUUCAGCCACUGGAAGUGUCCGUCGGAAAGACAUCAAGUCUGGAAGCUCUGAACGGGACGGACGUACUGCUGCCAUGCACCUUCUCCAGUUGCAUCGGCUUUGAUAACCUUUACUUUGAGUGGUCCUAUGACCAGAAUGGCACAAAGGAAGAGUUGUUAAAAGGGACGAUAAAGUCCCUUGGCAUGGAGCCCCGUGUCCAGUUCAGCACAGACAGAGUGGUCUUUGCUGGUAACACCAAGCUCAACAACAUCUCCAUUAUUCUGUUCAAUAUUGACUUUGAGGACAGUGGGAAAUACACUUGCUAUGCAAUGAACCCCCGGGAGAAGUAUCGGGACCACCAGGCAGUCUUCACAUUGACGGUGGUCUCACAGAUGAAGGUGGUGGACAAAACCCUGACGAUCAUCAUUGCGUCAGCUGUCGGGGGGGUCAUCGGCCUCAUCAUCGUCAUUAUGAUUCUGAAGAAGCUUAUUGUCUUCAUCAUUGCAAAAACUCGGGAGAAGAAUAAAGAGUGCCUUGUCAGCUCCUCAGGUAUCGAUAACACGGAAAACGGCCUCUCAGGAUCCAAACCAGAUACGAAAGCCACGCCCAAAGCAUGAAGACUACAUACUUUACACUUCAAGGACUGUUUUUCUUUCUUAGUAAUAAUAAUAAUAAUAAUAAUAAUACGAGUAAUAAGUUAUGCUCAAUUAUAUGGAUGCAUAAGAAGCAUCCCCGAAGAGGCUGGGCUGGACCGGACUUCACUGCUUCUCCCAACAGGGGUAUGUUGGACUUGUAAGACUCUCGCUUCACAGUGGUGCCCGAGCUCAAAAGGGUACCUGUGAUGUCAUGGUGUAGGGAGGGGCUUCCUCAUUUUACUUCUGCAAGUUGUCCCGCCAUAGCUCAGAUCUGGUCUGGCCCAGCCCAGGUUUGAAUCUCAGCGCUUGAGAUGAACCCAUGUGCCUGCUUCACGGCUGCGCCCCUACUGCUGGAGCAAAUGGCAGCACUGAACCCCAACCCCUAGCUCCAAUGUGAGCGGCUUGUUAUGCGCUUCCUGUAGCUAUGCAGUUUUGGAUUUCAAGUUUAUUGUUCCUGUAAAGAGUGGUUUAAAGUGCCCCCCUCCCAAACCCUUUCCCACCAUUGCCCGUCUCAGUCCACCGACUGAAUCUAUCACUCCUUUUUAAACACACCAACAUUUCAUUUGCCACCCAUGCCUUACAUGCUUUGCCUCCUAGUCCACCCACUUUACCCCUUUAUAUCAAGUGUGCACUUGCACACUUUGAAGGGUGUUCCAGUUCCAGGCGUUCAUCUGGCAUCUGGGUGUCAUCAAAGUGUCCAUGCAUUCUGCACUACGGCAGAAGUGAUUUUACCUUUGAAACCUGCCAUGUGUUGCAUUAGCCCAGGUGAGCAACUCCUUGGUAAGUAGUAGCUGGAAAUGGAGCUUAAAAACACACACACCCACACAUUCAGAAAGUUUUGUCUUCAUAAAGUGUUGACAUAUCAAGAUCCUUUUAAACAUUCCAUGGUGAGCAAUCUGUCCCCAGUGUUCCUCACCAAAGAAGUGUUUUACUAUGCAGGCUGGAAUGAUUUAGCUCCGCCCCCUGUAUCUUGCAUUGAUCAAAUAGCCCCGCCCACUCUUGCAUGGAAGUAAACCUCAGGUUUAAUAACCUGCAUCAUUGAGGUCAGCAUGUCCAGCCUUCACUUAGAUGACCCUUGAGACAAAGCAGCAGAUCAUGUUGAGGCUGGACAAGCAUGCAAUGAAGCUCUUAGGGUCUGGACUGUUGACCGUCUCCCAAAGCGUCUGGCUGACAAUCAGCACUGACUCACUUUGUGCCAGAUUGACCGCAGAGUCCCUGGCACGUGACCACUUUGAGAGGUCAGAAAACAUGCGCACUUAUUCUGUGUGAGUCAGGGUGUCUCCUUCAGCACUUCCCCUAAGAGCCCCCCACUCACCCACCCAAGGGCCAGCCCUUCACAACGCAAAUGAUGGCAUGGUGGUCAUCCUCUGAGCCCUGCUCUUGUUCCUUUACCACCCUGCAUGAGCAUGUAUAGCCAUGGCUUUCAGAUUGCCAUUUUUUAGUUUCCGAGUCCAGGAGAAGACACACGUGUGAGCUGCGUCUGCUUGCACCGCCAUACGUGCACUCCAGUGAGGUGCAGUUUCCGAGUUCGCUGCCUGGUUACUUCAUUUUCACUCCAUCCACUUUUCAGGUUUUGUGUUUUUUUUGGGUGGUGAAGAGGUGUACUGGAGAAAAGUCGCAAAGAGUGAGUGGUCCAAGUGUGAGGCUUCUCACUCUGUAACUUUAUUUUGUUGUUCUAUUGAGACACCUCACUCCCCAGUGUAAUAGAGAGAUGUCUCACUUAUCAAUGUCGACUUUUACUUUUUUUUUUUUGUUUUGUUUUGUUCAUUCUUCAGUAGAAUUGUGCAGCUUCACUCCUCACUCCUCAUUAUAGACCAUGCCUUAGUCUAAGCAUGUAUCACUUUUCAGGAUCUUUCAAUGGCACCCAUAGCACUCACUUUUUUGGGGUGACUUAACACAUGACUUGUUGUUAAUGUAGAAGUGACUCACUCCAUAGUCUGAACACAUACCACUUUCCACUUUGACUCCUUGGGGUACAAGUGUCACACUCCUCUUUUCAUCCCCUGCUAUAGAGACCCCUCAUUCCACAGAGCUGAAGCAACUCACUCCCCAGAGUAAACACAUUCAGUUCUACUUCACAGCUCACUUUCUUCUUUGCACAUUUAUUUAGAGUAUCUUUUCUCAUUUUAGAGACAGCUUCCUCCUUUAAUGUAGCAGCACUUUACUCCUCCAUAUAAAGAUGUCUCUCUGCUCAGUGUAAACAAAGAUCACUUUAUAGCUUUACACCUUAGUGAAAACCUACUCGGCGUCACACCUUAAUAUCAUUGAAAUUACUUUGAAGACGUAUCACUUUUGAGUCUCACUCCAGAGUGUUGUGCAGUUGCAGUGGUUGUGGGAGUUUGUGCCCCUCUGUAGCCUCACUGUGCCACGGGAGGACAGUUUCACUCCUCAGGGUAGAGACAUCUCACCCGUCUUUGUAGAAGCCUAUAAAUGUUUUUUUUUUGAUAGACACAAAUCACUUUUCAGUUUUACUCCUCAUCUUUUGGUGUAGAAAUUCCUUAUUUGAAACAAUUUUCCCAUUACAGUGUCACUCCAUAGCAUUA